CUCUGGGCUCCGGUGCCGGUGCUCCGGGUUGUGCUGUGCCAGGUGCUGCCCGAGCGCUGUGCCCUUGCCCCCGGGACAGCACCAUGCUGCGCCGCAAGCCCUCCAGCGCUGGUGACAAAGAGCCAGGACACAGGAAGCUCUCCCUCCAGCGCUCCAGCAGCUUCAAGGACUUUGCCAAGGCCAAAGUCAGCUCCCCCGUGCUGAGCGAGAAUGAGUUCAACCUGGAGGAGAAGAUCCCCAGGGAUGAGUCCAGCAGUGGCAGCCCAGAUGAUGCUGCACGGAGCAGUGGGAUGAAGCUGAGCAAGAAGUGGAGAGCCGUCAUCUCCCGCACCAUGAACCGCAAGAUGGGCAGGAUGGCUGUGAAGGCACUGGCUGAGGGGAAGCAGGGAGACGUGGAGGAGGAGGGGCCCCUGUGCCCCCUGUCCCCAGCCAGCAGCACAGAGGAGCCAAGCCAUGACAAGAUGCCGGUGCCAUACCUGGAGAUGGAGGAGGAUGAGCAGCCACCCCUUAGCAGUGAGCCUGGCUCUAGUGCAGCACUGGCCAGGCACAGCCUUGGCCCCGGCCACUCCACGGGCAGCGAGGGGUCCGGCCCCAGGAGCCAGCAGCAGGAGAGCCCUGGCACUGCGUACACUGGCCCCUUCUGUGGCCGGGCACGAGUCCACACUGACUUCACACCCAGCCCCUACGACAGGGACUCACUCAAGCUGCAGAAAGGGGACAUCAUUGGCAUAAUUGAGAAGCCACCCGUGGGCACCUGGACCGGGCUGCUCAACAACAGGGUUGGCUCCUUCAAGUUCAUCUAUGUGGACGUCAUCCCCGAGGAGGCAGCUCCCACCCGCAAGAGCCGGAGCCCUGGCCAGAGCAAGCGGCUCAAGCCCAAGACGCUACAUGAGCUGCUAGAGCGCAUCAACCUGCAGGAGCACACCUCCACCCUGCUGCUGAACGGGUACCAGACCCUGGAGGACUUCAAGGAGCUGCGGGAGACCCACCUCAAUGAGCUGAACAUCACAGACCCCCAGCACCGCGCCAAGCUGCUCACGGCUGCAGACCUCCUCCUGGAUUACGACACAGCCAGUGAGCCAGAAGAAGGCAACAGCUCUGAGGCCCAGCCAUCACCCUCGGAGCCCAAAGAGGACAUUCCCCGGGACUCGGGCUGCUUCGAGGGAUCCGAGACCCUGGACGGGAGCCGGGACGAGGCCGAGCUGGGGGGUCCUGAGGGGCAGCUGCAGGCUCUGUCCCUGGCAGAGUCCCCCUGAGCCCAUGGCACAGCCAUGGCUGCUCGGGGGGGAGCAAUGGGACCCCACGGCAGGGUUGCAGGCAGCUCAGCCCUUGGCCCCAGCUUGCAACCCCAGCCCUCCAACCAGGACCAGGGGAGAUACAGGAGGGAGCUGGGGUGACUAUGAGCACCCUGCUGUCAUCAGCGGGACAGCCCCUUCCAGAGUGUCAGAUCCCCCCAAGUAGCUCCAGGCAGGGGCAUGGGAGCUGCAGCUCAGCCAGGGCCCCCAUGCACAGGCAGAAGAGGACAAGGGCAGCAGGAGCAGGCAGGGGCUGGCAUCCAUACAGGAGCAUGGGGCAGCCUGCAGCAAUCACCAGGCUGUGCCCAGCUCAGGGGCCGACCCCAGGACUCUCAGCCCAGCUCAUGCUGCUGCACACGAGAAACUCCAGCUCCAGCGCUUUAUCCCAAUAAAAGUGUGUAAGUCC